GCCUUCAGUUGUUUUCUGCUUUUGUUAUUCUUUUUACUUCACGGUCUGCAAAAUUAAAAAUCGUAUCCGCGUCGUAAUCGGCACGUGAGUGAAUAACUUUUAGCGAGUCGAAAUUACAGCUCAUCAAAAUGUUUAACAGGGGUCCUGGUUCUGGAACAUAUAUGCUGCCACCACUGAUUGGUUUCAAAAACCAUGAUGCCACAAAAUACAGGAAUCCAGCCUACACUAUUUCAGGCUACAUUAAACCAAUAGAUAAAAGAUUAAGCCCAGGUCCUUGUUAUGGGCUGGAGAGAAACUUUACACAACAUGGGAGAGAUGGGAUACCUGCAUACACAAUGGCUGCACAUAUAAAGCCAUUAUCUACAUGUCGUGUUCCUGGACCUGGAGCAUAUUGGGUGGAGAGGGUCCCUCCCAUGAAGGAAGAUCGAGCUCCUGUGUAUACAAUGAAAAGUAGAACCAAGCAACGACCUGGAGAUAAGAUACCAGGUCCAAAUACUUAUGGUUUACCACCUUAUAUUGGUCCAAGGAUACCAAACAAAACUUCUUUUCCAGCAUAUACAAUAAUCUAGAAAGCAGCUGGAAGGCAGUGGUGGUGAGAGAGCAAUGGGUUUCAUUGAGUACCUGAACAGGUCGAAGAACAGCGGUGGCUGUCUUCUCUUAUCUGACAAGUUUCAGUAUGCUGAAUAUCAUCGACUUUGAGACUAACCUAGCAGUACUGAAAAAGCAAUGAUUUAUGUUAAUGAAGUGUCAGGUUCACAAUAAUGAACGAACUGUCUCCAAAGCAUGGUAAACCAAACACAAAGAUACUGGAUGGACUGCUGCUGAAUGUUCAUCUUUGUCAAAUAUGUACAGGUGUCAUAGCUGAUUGGGCUGAGUUUGAGGAUUAUAGGUACUUCUUGUCUUUGAGAACAGAUGGCAUCAAACUAACCAACCUCUUAAAAUCAAUUUUGUGCUAUUCUGCAACUUCCUCUUGUCCAGGUCAAGUGAAAUGAAACAAAUGUACCUAAAUACAAAGAAUGUGAACCAUCCAAAAUUAGUAAUGAGUGGUACUGUAUUAAUGUUUCUGUGAAGCAGUUAAAUAAAUUGGAGACUUUUCAAGAAAGGGA